GUGAUAAUGUAAUAUCAGAUUACACCACAACAAUGCAUUUGAGCUGAUACAAGUGUUCAAUUGCUGAAAAAGGAGGAGUAACGGAAAGGCAAUAAAGUCCUGGACAGUCAUGAGUACCAGCAGACAGAACGGCAGUCCUUCAGAAAUACUUCUCUGAAAGAAAAUAUUUUCAACAAGACUGUGUGCUCAGGUAUUUCCUUGUCAUCAAUGAUCCAGCUCAACUGCUCAUCACCAGAGUCCUUGUACGUAACAGUGAACGCAUCAUGGUGCCCCAAAGAGGAAGAGUGUCUCAGCGCAGAGGACCUGGUAGACCUUUGCCUGAGCCGCAGUGCUUACCUGGAGAAAUACCUGGGCCCUUGCCGUUCACGUCUCUUUCUGCCUGUGUGCAUCACCUACCUGCUCAUCUUUGUAGUUGGAGUGCUGGGCAACAGCUUGACUUGCAUUGUCAUCGCCCGUCACCCUGUAAUGCGCACAACAACAAACUUCUACCUGUUCAGCUUGGCCAUUUCUGACCUCCUUGUGCUCCUGCUCGGUCUUCCAUACGAGCUGUAUGAACUCUGGAGCAACUAUCCGUUCGUGUUUGGUGUUGCAGGUUGCUAUUUCAAGACCUACUUGUUCGAGACUGUCUGCUUUGCUUCUGUGCUCAACGUGACCGCGUUGAGUGCAGAGCGCUACAGGGCAGUCACGCAUCCCCUCCAUGCCAAACAUGUAGCGACACAUGCUCAUGCUAAGCGUCUGAUCAUUGCAUUAUGGGUGGUCUCUCUGGUGUGUGCAUUGCCCAAUACCAGUCUGCAUGGCGUAGUGAGGUUGCAACCCUAUUUUGGACUCACCUUCCCCGAAUCGGCGGUCUGCACCCUGGUACGUGAUACUUGGAUCUACAACCUGUUGGUGCAGGUGACGGCAGUGCUGUUCUUCAUACUGCCAAUGCUAACCAUCAGUGUGCUGUAUGUGCUGAUCGGCCUGCAGUUGCAUCGGGAAAGGGAGUGUUUUGAUUUAAAGACUGGGAUGAAUCAUGACGGGCUGCGUCAGAGGAAGCGUCAUCGGCAAGUCAAUAAAAUGCUCUGUGCAUUAGUGAUUGUGUUUGGAAUCUGCUGGGUGCCUUUUCACACUGAUCGUGUCAUGUGGAGCUACAUUAAGAACUGGACUGUGGAGCAGCACCGUGUCUAUGAGUAUGUGCAUCUUCUCUCUGGUGUCUUCUUCUACUUGGGAUCAGUGGUCAAUCCCAUCCUCUAUAACCUCAUGUCUUCCCGCUUCAGAGAGAUGUUCCGUGAGGUGGUGUGUCAGAAAGACCACCGUCAGCUAUCCAUCAGUAAAGUCACAUUACGCAGUGUUGUCUCUGCCUCGCUCUCUGCCUCUCAUUCGGUCUCAUUUUCUGUCAAAUUCAAUGCACGUGGGUUGCCACAAUCUCUUUAAAAACCCAGUUAUUGUAUCCCAAUGCCAGGGCUGUGAAAUUUUAUUUGUCAAAUGUACAUACAGUAGAAGGCACUAGACAGUAGUACUUGUUAAUAAAUAAGUGUUUUUCUACAAGCUUCCAUUUAAAGUAACCAUUUUAAAGUUAUAAAGUGGUAUGUACUUGUGCUGUAAAUGAGAUAAUAAAAAAGCAUGUUUAGUCAGUGUGAAUGUUAUUGCUGAAUUUGAACAACCAUUUUAAAGCUAUUAUGUAUUUAAAUGAGUGGUUCUGUUGCAAUGAGCAUUGACUAGAAGUUUUUUGCCUAGACGCUUCUAAACCGUUUCCCAGAUGGUAAAAGGGAAAACAGGCAAUGACUGGGCUGACUGGGGUCUUUUAGAGUGGACUUGGCCUUCCUUAGACAUCAAUCUGAAUAAAUGUCCUGGGUACUCGGUAGCUCAUGGCCAGUGAUGGACUGCACCGUCAAGUCCUUGCAUUCUCACAUGGAGCUUAAUGGCUUAACAGACAGUGUGUUUGUACGAAGGCAUUUCUGAAGUAAACUGGUUUCAGACAGGCUUCCAAGGCACCAUAACGUCAUGUCUGGUGGUCUAGAACAAAUUUAAGUGAACUUAAGAGAUAACCAAGCAAAUAUUUAAAGCAAUAGACCACCCAAAAAUGAAAAUGUUGUCGUACCCUCGUGUUUUUCUAGACUCUCAUGUGGGCUUUUUAUUUUUAUUUUUGCAUAGAAAUGCAAAUGGAUGGUGAUUUAUGCUGCCAAGCUCCAAAAUGACUCUUCUAAGUCUUCUGAAGUUUUACAACAGUUUUGUGUGAGGAACAGAUGGAAUUUUAAGUUGUUGUUCAACAAUGUUCCACCUGCAGUAGCUCUUAAGUCUCAUUUGCUAUCAAGUUUUUCAAACAUGUUACAUUGCGAUUGGCCAUGUAACGCUCAAGAACCAAUGGUGUUUUUGGUGACUAUGACAUUGAACUUUUUCUGUUGAGUUACUGACAAGCAGCAUUUCCCAUCAGACAUUUUUACAUAAUUUUAAAUUUGUUUACUUUUCCUGUUGUGCGACCGAUAGUGUGUAGCGUCAGCAGCAUCGGAGACCCAGGUUCUCAACCCGUGUUGAAACCAGCAAGUAAUCGCUUUCACAUUAUCAAUGAUGAGUGUGAUUUGAGGUUUCAUUUUUCCUGUAAGAUUGCGGGCCCUAUUUUAAGAGUGCAAACGUUCAGCGCAACGCAGUGCCUUAAGACAUAAGUGCAAAGUCAAUGGGCAUGACCAUGAAGGUUUGGCAUGCGCUAAGUCUAGGCGCAAGUGGGUUUGGUGAAAUCGUGCGCGCAACGCGCAAAAAGGCUUCAUCAAGUGCAAUUGGUUCUUCUUUGGUUAUUCCAGCAUCUGCGUCCUAUUAUACUGUAUAGUCUAUUCCCUCAAGCACAAGCGAUAUAAACAAAGACAGUACAUACAUCAGAAAUUGGUAGUGUAAAUGGACUGUAUGCAGUGAAUUAAAAGAAUAGAAUUAUGGACUUACAGUCUUUCGUGCAUUAACUGCGCCCUUGAUGAAUGUCAGGCAUUUUUCUAUGACAGUGACACACACUCCUUUUACAUGAAUGGAAAAUGUGGUUCUCGUCAGAAUUUGGAUUUAUGCUCCGUUAAAAUAUAGAGAAUAUAAGUAUAAUUAAUCAUUUUCAUCUACUGACACACAAAUCAUGGCUAAUAAUAACAGUGAUUGUAUCGGCACGCACUUCACUUCUACCGAAAAUUUUAUUUUUGAACAUUUAAAUUAAUUUAUUGAAAACAAGAAACAUUUUUACCAAAUAUAUUUCUAAAUUCAAUUUACACUUCAAAUGAAAAGAAAAUAUAAUCAAAAUAACAAAGUGGUUAAAAAAUCAUACCAAAUUCAAACAUUUUACUCUGUCCAACUUCUUCCACCGGCCCCUUUUGCAAUGACUUAAAAAUCACUCUACGACAAUGGGAGGAAAAAUACCAAUAUAAAUUAGAUCAUAAAUACCAUUGUAAAUAUAAACAUAAUGCUAAUAAUUGAAAAAUAAGUCAUGACCUUUAGAUAGUUCAACACAAUCUAAUAUUUUAAUUUUUUUUUCUUAAAACGGCUUUGACAGUGAUUGUCAGGGACUUAAUUUAAUGUUCCACUUUAUUUUAAGAGUUUGGACAUGAGGGGGGCCUGGGUAGCUCAGGGAGUAUUAACGCUGACUACCACCCCUGGAGUUGCAAUUUCAAAUCCAGGGUGUGCUGAGUGACUCCAGCCAGGUCUCCUAAGCAACCAAAUUGGCCCAGUUGCUAGGGAGGGUAGAGUCACAUGGGGUAACCUCCUUGUGGUCAUGAUUAGGGGUUCUCCCUCUCAAUGGGGCACAUGGUAAGAAGAGUUUGGACAUGACCUUUUUUACCACCUGCUGGUGAAAUCUCCAAACUUCAAUUGCAGGAACUGAAUUUGGAUUUUGCGCUGAGAUAAGACGUGGUAUUGAAAUGUCUAAGCGCAAUGACCAAUUCCUCUGGAAAAUAGCAAAUUGCACUUUGCGCCACUUCAUUUACAUACAGUACAAUACACCCACAAUUUGCGCGCCUACACCCACAGUAGCACAAACACUCCCACCCACGACCACUUGUGCUUUGCGCUGGCACACAAAUUGCAUUUAGAAUUAGCACUCUCAUGAAAAUUGGAUAAGACUUUGCGCACGGUCGUAAUGUGUAGCGCUGCGCUUUGAGCACUCACGAAAAUAGAGCCUUGCAUUUUUACUCCACUGGCGAUUAGGUUUAGGGUUGGGGUUUUGGGGUAGACUUAAUAAAAUAUGCAUUACUCUUCAUUGUAUUUCAACAUUAAAACUAAAAACAACUCGAUUUACAACUUGCUUUUGGCGCCACUCUGUGGACAUUUCACCUGGAAACUGGAGCUCAUACAUGCCCAUACUUCCAACAACACUUCCAUUUUCGGUCAUUGGGGGCAGUGCUUCGAGUUUUGAUAAACAAAGACCGUGGUUAGCUUAAGAACUGUCAAGCUACUGUUUCUGAAUUCACAGUGAAAUUAGUCUGAUGUCAAACCAGGAACAUGUGUUAAGGUGACAUGUUUUAACACAAGAAUUAGAUUUGUCAGAGAACGUUUAUUCCAUGAAUUUUGGUCUGUUCCUCACACAAAUUUGUAUGACUUGGAAUAUAGCGCACUAGUCAUUUUGGGGCUUUGUAAUUACUUGUUGCUGCAAGUCAGUAAAUAUGGAACCGGUUAUCUAACACAAGGUGGCAUAAUUAAGUUAAAAUAUUAGUAAUGCCAUUAAAUAUAAUUUGGCCUUAUAUAGAAUUUUACCAGUAAGCUUCUCAUCAUUCUCUCUGAAACUUUCCUUUCAGAGCUUUGAAUGUAAACACUGGAGAUUUCAUAACAACAUGGAAUCUAGCUUAUGAUGAGGUCAUAUUAGAUAAGAUUUGUUUAUAUAAUUAUGUUCAGUGGUGUUUUACAGUGUUUACAACUACUAUUCCUAGUGAGCAUUUAGAGAAUUUACAAUGGCUUACUUAUGACGUAUAUGGCAACUUUACCUCUACUCUGUAGGAAUAUAAUAAUAACAGCACUCAAAACAUAACAAAGUUAAAAGAACUUAAUAAAAUUGAGGAAAACUUUUCCACGCAAUUAAAUUACUUUGAUCUAGUCUUGUUGUAUGAACAUAGUUUUAUUUUGUCAAAUCCACUAGUUAGAAAGUCAAAAGUCAUCAUUUAAAUUAUACUGAGGCAACGUAACUUUAACUGUCUUUAGCUUUGACCAAUCACUUGUUAUUGCAAUUGUACAGAUUUGUGAGCUCAUAGCCUCAUGCAAUCGAGACAACAUCUUGCACAUGAGUUUUGAAUUAAGUAAACUUUAGAUUAAGUAAACUUCCAUUUUACAAAUUUAAGUGUAUUGCGUGAUAUGAAAUGAAGUUGUGGCAAAAUGUUCAAUAAUUGUGUUGCAGUAGCUCAUUUUAAUUAAAUAAAUUGAACAAGCAGCAACAAUCCUUUUUUAAGUGUACUUGUGAAAUAAUCAAAAUAUAUUCAAUAAAGUAAUCCUUUACUCAAAAUGAGUUUAAGAUUUGGUUACUUGUCAUUUACAUUUUGCAGAUGCUUAUAUGCUUAUAUGCAAAAGUGAAUUACCCUAUUUGCAGGGACAGUCAAGCAACUAAGGAUAUGUCUUACUGUAGGGUAGAAAUGUGAUAAGACUCCGUGGUUUAUGGGUCACCUCCAAAUCUGGGGAUUUAUUCAUACACUG